AUGGAAGCCCGAAUUCUCCUUAAUAAUGCCAUCUUCUCUAUCAUCUGCAUUUUCCUUUCGCCUUUCGCCGUAAACUCCCAGAGAGAAACCCCUCCAGGUGGCACAAUCCCGAUCGUGAAUCCCACCACGCCAGGUGGCACGAUCCCGAUCGUGAACCCGACGAGCCCGAACCCACCUUUCACCACCGGCCCACCAGCCACCACCGGACCGCCGCCAGCCACCGGCAGCGGCGGUGGUGGUGGUGGUGGUGGGUCAUGGUGCGUGGCCAGCUCCAGUGCCUCUGAGACAGCCCUGCAAGUGGCUCUGGACUAUGCGUGCGGAUAUGGGGGAGCAGACUGUUCGCCCCUUCAGCCCAAUGGGCCUUGUUAUGAGCCCAACACAGUUCGAGACCAUGCAUCGUACGCAUUCAAUGAUUACUAUCAAAAGAAUCCUGCCCCGACUAGCUGCCAUGGGAACUGUCGAUAUGCAUCAUCAUCAAGUGGGACCCAAAUAUCUCCACCUAGAUCGAUGCCACCACCAGCAAUUCCAAUGACUCCUCCCAGCAUAACUACGCCGGUAAAUCCUUAUCCACCAGUAGGCAAUGGUUACGGUUCAGAACCGGGCUACGAUUACGGGUCUGAACCAACAGGCACUCCUAAUUCAGCCGGAAUUAUCUCUCUCGACAUAUUCAAGCUCGUCAUAUUGAACUGCCUCCUCCUAAUGUCAGUUUCUAUGGCUAACCACUUCUAA